GGCCAUUUCGCAACACUCCAUUUGCACACGUACGCCCAUUUAUCAACACUCCAUGUGAAACGGGGUAUAUAUAAGCCGGACAUUUUCUUGGCCUGUUUCAUAUCCAAGUCUUGACACGCUGACUUCAUCGUGAAAAUCAUGAAUAGAUACUUGUGUGUGUGUUUGUUUGCCGCGCUGAGCAUUUUGGCUCUUGUAAAAGGUCAAGCGUCCAACUGUGUCACAGGAAGUAAAUGCGACGCGUGUGAGGCUGGUCGCUUCUGGACGGUACGGAUUGGGAGCAGACAGGUGAAGGUGUGCUCGCCAAAGUGUCUCAAAAGCUGCCGCGCCGGGAACCAACCCGACGGACGCCCAUUCUGCACGUGCUAUGAUCCUGCAGAUAUAACAGGCGACUGCUGGAAAGGGGACCAAUGUAACACCUGCCUGGCCAGCCCCAACAAAGGCUACGUCGGAAACAUCAAUGGGAUAUCGGUCUGCUGUGCAAACUGCGAGCGCUCGGGACUGGCCCUUAGUUCUCGAAGCUGCAGCUGCCUCCAUAACGGCCCUUAGAAGCCACUUCUAAUUGCAACAUCGCAUAUGUGACUGGUCUCGCUUUGACAACCCCCGAAGAGUCACGACAUUAAUAUUAUUAUUAUUAUUGUUAUUAUUAAUGUUGAUCCUCGGUAAAAACCGUUACAAGAAAUAAGUUUAAGCACGACUUCUGAAAUCCAAAAAAAUUGAAAACCCAAAAACAUUCAUUCCGCUGUAAAUCCAUUUUAGUGGAUUGCAUAAUUAUUGUAUAUUCUUCGCUCCUAAUAAACGUGUAAACAAUUA